AUGCCCCAAUUGGCUCAAGGGGCUGCCUGGUUUGGGCAGCUGGCCAUGGUGGAACCCCACGUCCAUGGCUCAACCUUCAUGAUGUUGCGUAUUCUGGUGUGGCUGACCUCUGCAGCAGCUUUUAAGGUGGUGGAUGUGGGCGCCCCACGCAGUGGCACCCAGUCAUUGAAGUUGGCUUUGCAGAUGUUGGGCUACAAACCACUUCACUCUGGCUUGGACCACUGGAGCCGCCCAGCCUGGUGUCAGUACAAGUUCGGCCACGGGAGCUUCGAGGCGGCGUUGGAAAUUCCCCUGGCUUUGGGAUAUGAUGCCGCCAUGGAUGAGCCCUUUCAGCUCCUCUACCGGGAGUUCAUGGCGGCCUUCCCGGACUCCAAGUUCAUUUACACGGUCAGAGAUCCAGAGACUUGGUUCGCUUCAUAUGACAAGCUCAUCUCAGAAUCGAAUGCCAAAGAUGCUGCAGAUGCCAGGAGGCUAAGAGGCUUGAAGAUGCGCCAUAUUCCUUUGGGAGCUAUGGAUCCAGAUCGGCCAGAAGGCAAGCAAAGAAGAGCACUUGAACAGGUCAUGUCGGAUUGUAGUCAGUGCCACUACUGGGGCUGCAACUUCGGUCAGCCUGAUACGCAGGACUCAAAGCAGCAAUGUAUCCAAUCGUAUUGGGGCCAUCUUCGGAAUGUGACGGAGGCAAUUCCCAAAGAUCGAUUGCUGAUCUUCAAUAUGAGUGAUGGAUGGGCUCCUCUCUGCAAAUUCUUAGGCAAACCCAUCCCGUUACUGCCAUUUCCACAUGUUGAUAUGGUGAGCGAUUAUUUUAGUCCCUGGGACAGCUCGGGCAGCUCCACCUCACUGGUACAGACGUCAGCUGCUUGGAAGCUGCCACUUCAAGAGCUGUGA